AUCUGUGCGAAAAGCCCGUGAUGCAAAGUGAUGGUGUUGCCUGAAGAGUGAGGGGGUUAAGUCGAAUGCGGCUCGGUGUUCAACGCCAUCCCCGAGGCUUGUAGUCGGAAACGAAGCUGCCUCCCCGAGUGCCAGCAUAAACCCAUCAUACAGCAUCCCAUACAAAUUUGGCGCUACAAAUUUGGCGCUACAGCUACCUCUGCUCUCAUGAGGGAGACUUUUGUAAUACUCAAGUAGUACAAACUGCUAAUCAAUGUCUCUACAUACAUCCACGACACACAGCUACAUACCUGCGCAGCAGCCAUGUUCCGCCUCCAACCUACCCGCUCGCUGACGCGCACCGCUCGCACCCAGUUCACGCAGCUUCGCUUCUUGAGCACAUCGCGCCCACUUCUCGCGCAGAAGGGUGCAGAGGACAAGGACUCAAUCAAGACCACGUCAACUGAAUACUCCAAGUCCGGUUCCGACGACGCAGCAGCACACACUGAUGCCGCUUUUGAUCCCAACCAGACGAGCCCUGAGGCAGCAGAGGCAUCUGCUGAGAAGGAGGCAGGAGGUCAGGACAAUGCGCUCAACGUGAGUCCCGGCAACCACGAGGUUAGCCAUGCGAAUGAUCCUAAGAUCGGCGGUGCAAGCCAGGGAACGAAUGACAAGGCGAGCGGUGCUGGGAGCCCGAACAAGCAGGGUGGUGGAUCGAGUGGUUCAGGAAGCCACAACUAGACACACAAAGACGAUGCGAGCGAAGGAGAUGAAUACGAUCAGCGACAGGCGCAAGGCGGCAUAUGACAGGACUGCAUUGACCAACAUGUUUCUGAGUUUUAAAUGAAAACACCAUACACGACGCGAACAAGCUCCCCAACACAAGGCCAUCUCGCUGCGCUAACAGAACGCAGUGGAUUAUCGGGCAAGACCUCAGUCAGGAGCAAGGCCUGGCAAACAUCCAAGCCACAACAAUUCUCGAAAAACACAGGAU